AUGCAAACCGCCGCCCUCAAGCAGCACUCUCGCUCCUCCUCUGAGCCCCGCAUCGGAGCCUCGGUCAAGAAGGCACCCAUCGCUGGAGGCUCAGCCACCCCAGCUUCCGCCCGGAGGCUGUCGACCCCCGUCGCCAUCGCGCGCAAGGAUGGACCCGUCAGUCAAGCUCAGCCUCCUCCUCGUCUCUCUCGAACGGCCAGCGCACUCGCGAAGGAGAAUGUCCCGUCCUUCGCUCGGCCGACCAAGGCCACAGCUGCACGCGCUCUCGUUGCAGCUGUGCAGAGGUCUCCGCCCAAGCCCCGAGCGGACGCGCCGUCUUCUGCCCGCCGUCCCAUCGCAGCCACUCCAGGUCUGGUACGCCGACCCGAGGUACAUGGCAAGACUGUGCCUCGCAAGGUUACCUCGGUCCCGGCUCCUCCCCGUCCAGCCGCUCGCCGUCCUACGGUUUCCCAGGUUCCGCGGCUCAGCUCUCUCAAGACGAGUCCUCGCCGUGAACCGCUCAAGAGCUCGUCUAGUCUUGAGAAGGGUGGGAAGCAGGAUGUGGAGGCGUGGUGGACCGUCGCUCCCAAGGUCAAUGCGAAGGUGGACAGACAGGACAUGGACAAGGAAGACGUGGUCGAGCCUGUGUCGGGCGUUCUGGCCGAGCUCAAGAACGACGCUGAGGUCAACACGCUCGAUGUCGCCCUUGCAGUCCCCGAGGAGUUGCUCGACAAGGAGCACCUCACGGAUCCGCUUGUGCAGGUCGAUGCAAGUGGCACACCAGGAUACGGAGAACCCAAGGUGGAGCCGACGACGAGUGGGAAAAAUCAUUUCGAGGACUCCAUUCACUCCGUCGAAACCACCGGAAGAUUAUCCACUGUGAAGAACACAGUCACCACAGGUGAAGAGUACAAGGUAGGAUCGGCAAUGAGUGGGAAGAAUCAUCUCGAGGACUCCAAGCGCUCUGUCGAGGCCACCAACGUAUUUUUGCAUGUGAAGAAUGCAGUCGUCGCAGUUGACGAACACACGGUGGGAUCUACAACAAGCGGGAAGAAUCAUUUCGAGGACUCCAAACGCUCUGUUGAGACCACCAACGAACUCUCUAAUGUGGAGAAGGGAGUCAUCGCCAUCAUCAACAUUAUCGAUGCCGACGAUGUACCAUCCGCAGCUUUUCCAGAGGUGAAGGACCUGGUUCCUCUGGAGAUGGCGGAUGUCCGCAUUAUUUCCGAGCGGCAGUCGAGCAAGGAUGAACGUCGCGACGAGGCUGACAAGACGGCGCCUGCAUCCACGAGGCCGGCUUGGCGUCCGACUGGCUUUCUGACUGUCCCGACUCCUAACCGGCAGUACGGCGGGCUCUCCAGACAGAACAUCCCGCGCAACGUCACGACCGCCAGGGCCCUGCAGGCGCGUCGUCACGUGGAGGAGAAAGCGGUCAGACCGGUGUACCUCGGCUCGACCUGGACACCUAGGAGCAAGCCCAUCGGCGCGAGGCGUUCCGUGGCACGCGAACCCGUCUUGGAGAUCCUAUCUGAGACGGACGAGGAUGCCAAGGAGGAGGAGCAGUCGCUUGAGGCUACCGAGCGUGAUGGGGCCGACAAAGCUGGCUUCCUCACGGUGCCUACUCCUGGCUGGCAGCAUGGCGGUCUUUCCAUGCGAACCGACUCGUGCGACAUCACGACUGCUGGGAGAGUGCAGGCGCGUCGUCGCGCGGAGGCGAAGGCGGUCCGGCCGGUGUAUCACAGUUCCACCUGGACAUCCAAGGAUAAGCAGGCCGGUCCGAAGCCUUCGGCAGCUCGCGAAUCCGCCUUAGGGACACUGACCGAGGCGGAUGAGGAUGCUGAGGAUCAGGACCAGUCAGUCAACAAGCCGGAGGACUUCGAUAUUCGGGGAGAAUGCUCGGUGCAGAUCAUCACCGAGGGCACUACUCAACCUUCAGAAGACGACAUGGUGGCCUUCCAGCGCCUGUUCACCGCCAAACGCUAUGAGGAUGAGUAUGACGAUGACGAGGAUGAGUAUGACGAUGACGAGGACAAGGAGGAAGAAGAGGAACAAAGCUCGCAAGAUCUUGACGUGAUUCAAGCUUGUGAGCUUGGCGACAUCGCGACCGAGCAGCUUCAAGGCGACCAUUCUGAACACGAUGAUCUCCACAUCCUUGGACGUAUCGGUGCGGCCUUUGGUCGGGACGAAGAUGACGGCGAGAUGGAACCGGAAUCAGCGGAGCACGCCGCUGCCGUCGGCACCGUCAUCGAGGCGCAGCACGUGUACGGCUUGGACUUCGUGCAGUGGCAUGGGUUCCAGGCUCUCUGGCCUUAUCCGGGACAGUGGCACGACAAAGGCAAGGAGUGGAUCUUCGAUUGUUCAACCUGCGGCGUCCCUAAGGAGCUCUUCAUGCACGACGGUCGCGAUGACACCAUCGGCCGCCCUGUCACAGUCCAAGUCUUCGGGCGCGACAUGCAGCCUGCAUCCCGCGUGAUGCAUACUCUUCAAGCCAGUGACAUCCGCGAGGUGGCAGUUCCUUUGCCUCAGGUGUGCAAGGUCGAAUUCGCAAAUGUUCCGGCGGACGGCAACUCCAUGGAUGGCUUUGUCUCAUGGCCUCUAUGUGUGGCGGGCUACCCUGGCGCACCGUACGGGUGGCUUGAAAGGGGUAUAUUGAUAGGGACUCGGACAGGACUCGAAGGUGACAUAGACGGCGCGGAUGCCGACGAACAUCCUCGGGUUGGACUACCAAGAGACAAGAUCGACAAUGGCAAGAAGGACGACGGGAAGGACAAAUAUGACGACGGUGACGGUGGCGACUUGAAUGCCGAUGCUUGCAGGGUUUGCUGCUCCGGCAGUGUGGAGGACGACUAUGACUGGGAGGAGGAGAUCAUUGCUGCGUAUGAACAGACUGACUCAGAGUUCAUCGCAAGUGGCUCUUCGGACGGCUUGACAGUUGCCGUUGUUGACCUUGACAGCCCGCCAUCCGUUGUCGUGCAGUCCACAUCCGGCGCGCAAAUUGGGGCACUUUUUGCUGGAGAUAGAAUGAGACAUGAGAGUUCGACGAUUGAUGUGAUAACGCCAUCAACUGCGGGUUCUCUGACGGCUGCUGCACCUGAGCGACCAAAAGAAGCAUCGGCUCCUAGGCGAGGUGGCUUUUGGUCAAGGCUUUUCAGGCGUUCCUCUCCGCGUUCCUCUGCAGGGGAGGAUUUCGUUCACGGCUCUGGCUCUGAGAGACCGAGUAAAGACAUGACCACGGCGAUCUUCCCUGCGGCUACUUCCGAGCUCCCGAUCGGCAUUGUUCAAGAUAGCUAUAUCCUGGAGGAGGAUGAAGAGAUCGCACGGAUCACUGCCGCAGAGAAGGGGAAAGGUCGUUUGAUUGAGAAGGACGACGAGAAGCAACCGGAACCUGAGCCUGCUCCAGAGCCCAUCUCGUCAUGUGAGACUGUUGAGGAGAAGAUCGUCGAGGACGAAGUUUUCUUUGCCUAUGAUCCGGAUAAUGCGUCUGAGUUUCUUGAAGGCGAUUCCACAGGAUUCACGAUGGUUUCCACCACUGGCUAUCACAGCCCGCCUCGCCCUUGCGUGUGCGCUCAAGCGGAGUUUGCUCCGCUUGCAUCGCGCGCAAGGCUGUCCCCUGCCCGGGAUGAGAGUGGGCUGGCGAGCCUCACGGCAAACAGCGAGAUGAAAACGGCCUCCCAGCUUGAAGAGUCUUUGUCCAUCGCUACGUUAAACACGCCGUCAGCACCGCCAGCCGCAGGUCAGACACACAUCGCUUCUGUCUACACAUCAGCGACUGCAACAUCUGGCCCGGUGCCUGGAAACCCAACGUCGACCUCUUUAUCGAUGCUCUCGCAGCCGACCUUCUGGCAACGUCUGUUGGGUCGUCAAUCCGCAAGUGCCUCUCAAGAGGAGUCUCUCGACUCUAGUGUGGCUGUUCAUCGCGCCUCGAGUCUGUCUGACUCUGCUGGUUCUUGCAUCAUGACCUCUCCCGCGUCGACUGUCGAUGAUUCGUCUUCCUCUGAUUCGUCUUCUAUGAUCUCUGGCAACUCUUCCUCGAUGUCUCUGCCUCUCGUUUCUCAAUCCUCGAGCCCUGUGCUCUCGAGCUUCUGGUCUCGCAUUUUUGGACGUCGUUCUCCGUGCCCUUCUGUCUCAGCUUGCCGUGAUUCCGUCAACGUGGUACCACCGGCUUGA